UUUUUUUUUUCCUUUCAAUAUGCCGCUUACUUUUUUUUUUUAAUAUAAAAAUGAUAUUCUAUAAAGAAUUACUAUUAAUAUUAUUAUUAUUAUUAUUAUUAUUAUUACUAUGUUUAUCACUUAUAGUUCAAGCCUCAUCACCAUCACCGCAGUUAGUGUAUCAACCUAAUGUACCCGACUAUAGAUUUACAAAUGAAGAACAAUCAUUGUUUGACAAACUUGCUCCGGAAUCAGAUCUCUCCAUCUUCCUUGAACUUUUGAUGCAUAAUGACUUGAUCUUCUCUUAUGUCAAUUCAACUACAACUGAUACAACCUUACAUACCUCAACUUUACAACAUCAUGGUGACCCUAUUACAGUCUUUUGUCCAACUAAUAAAGCAUUCUUAGAUUAUUGGAAAAUACACCCAAAAAAGACUUGGAAACGAAUAUUGGAACGACAUAUUGUGCCUCAAACAAAGUUGGAUGCAAAAGGUUUAAAACAUGCAAGUUCACUCAACACACUCCUUCCUGGUACUACCAUUCAUGUCAAACAACUUGAUUCUUCUUGGCAACAACCAUUAAUCAUUCUUUUAGAUGGUGAUACUUUGGUAGAUACUAGUCAUCCUAUAGUUUCUCGUCUUAGUAUAGCAUAUAAAAUCAAUCAUGUAUUACCUAUUGAAUAAACAAAUCAUCACAUCCUUUUUUUUUUU